AUGCCUCCCCCCGGUGCGUGUCUGAAUAUUAUGGAGAAUCGUAGCAUGGAAGAUGGCUAUGGGAAGUUCAAAACCCCUGACAAGUUCUUUGGCCAAGACUUCCAGGAGCUGAAACAGUACUGUCUCAUCAAAGGAGUGCGCUACAUCGACGACAUGUUCCCCCCUGACAGGAACUCCAUCGGUCACGGGAUGCUGGACCCCUCUGAUCUGGCCAAUGUGGUGUGGCUGAGACCAGCGAAAAUUGCUCUUAAUCCGUCCUUUGUACAACAUAGUGUCUCCAGGUUUGACUUUGGUCAAGGAAUACUUGGAAACUGCUGGUUUCUUGCAUCUAUUGGAGCUCUGACAUUCCAGCGUCAUAUCUUCGACCAAGUUGUCCCCCCCGAGCAAAAAUUUGAAGAGGACUACUGCGGACUAUUUCACUUCAGGUUCUGGAGAUUCGGGAAAUGGGUGGAUGUGGUCAUCGAUGACAAGCUGCCUACAAUCAAUGGCAGAUUAAUCUUUGUUCACUCCAAAAAUCCAAAUGAGUUCUGGCCUGCUCUGCUGGAGAAAGCUUACGCCAAGGUUUGUGGUUCCUACACCGACAUGAACGCUGGAACUCCUACAGAGGCCAUGAUGGACUUCACCGGUGGAGUCUACAUGCACAUCGAGCUCUCAGAACCCCCUCCAGACCUGUGGGAGCUGAUGUGCAGAGCUGGCAAAUCCACCAAUCUGAUGAGCUGUGGUACACCUCAAGGGGAGACACCUGCUAACACCGUGUUACCGAAUGGAUUGGUCCAAGGCCAUGCCUACACCGUGACAGGUGUCAGACAGAUGACGAGCAGAGGGACAUUUGUAAACCUGGUGCGUUUGUGGAACCCCUGGGGCAGAGGAGAGUGGAAGGGAGACUGGAGUGACCGGUCACCUUUAUGGCAAACUGUGAGUCCUGAAGAUCGAGAAUUGUGCCAUUCUGUGGAUGAUGAUGGAGAGUUUUGGAUGACCCUGGAAGAUUUCUGUAGGUUCUUCGUGAAUCUCGACAUCUGUGGCCUGAGUCCAGACUUCCUUGAUGGAAACUCUUCUUGUGUCUGGAAGACCUCCGCGUAUGACGGACGCUGGGUUGCAGGAAUCACUGCUGGAGGCUGCAUAAAUAACAGAGACAGUUUCUGGACCAAUCCACAGUAUCGAGUCAAGCUUACUGGUGAAUAUUCAGAGAGAGAGGGUGAAAAAAACAUGCUGGUGUCUCUCAUGCAAAAGCCUGACAAGAGGAACAGACGGCAGGUGCAUAAUGUGCACAUUGGAUUCCUUAUAUAUGAGAUCUCUGAAGAAUAUGCGGCACAGAAGGGCAAAUUACCGGCCUCCUUCUUCCUCACCCACGCGCCCGCCGCCCAGACGAAAACCUACCUCAAUGCCCGUUCAGUGAUGGAGUUGUUGAUGCUGAAGCCUGGCGAGUACCUGAUCGUUCCCUCCACCUUCAAACGCAAUGAGUCCGCCUCCUUCCUCCUGACCAUCCACUCCAAGAUAGACACCCAGUGCUAUGAGAACUCUAGUGGCCACAGACCACAGGAACCAUUUGAAAAGCUCAAGAAAAUCAGGAAUGCAGAGGAGUACAAAGACAAGAAGGACUUUUUCCGGCAGUACUCCGACAAGUAUGAAGAAGUGGAUGCAGAGCAGCUCCAGAGGCUUCUAAAUGACAAAAUCCUGAAAGGAGACCUGAAAUCUGGAGGCUUCACCAUCGACGCGUGCCGCAGUAUGGUUGCUCUGAUGGAUACGUCAAUCACAGGCAAACUGAACGGUGAGGAAUUUGUCCGCCUGUGGAACAAGGUGGUCGCAUACAAGGACAUUUUCUACCUCACGGAUGUUUCCCGAACAGGAACGCUGUCGCUGAGUGAGCUGAGGAAUGCAUUCAUAGCUGCAGAAUUCAGGGUCAGCGACGACAUGCUCAACCUGAUGGUGCUGCGCUACGGCACCUCCUCUGGUCACAUGACACUGGAGAACUUCAUCAGCCUCAUCCUUCGCUUGGGCUGCAUGCACAAAAUCUUCAGAAAGUUGUCUGAUGGAAAAGGGAUGAGUCUUCGAGAGUCGGAGUGGAUAUACAUUUCCAUGUACACCUAAACCCUGCAGUGAAGAUGGAUGAAUAUUCAUCAUCUGGAAAGAAGAGCGAAUGUUUUGCUUUAAUUUGUCAUAUUGCAAAAUGAAAACAGAAACUUCUUUUUGUUUUGU